GUGGCCCUAAUUUCUCCAUCCCCAGAAACCGACUUGGCAACAGGAAGAGAUGAUGAAGCAAAAGCAGAUGGAGGAGCAGCAGUGGCAGGAACAGCAAAUGCUGGAACAACAGAGGGAAGAGCGGCAAAAGCAGGAACAGCGCCGGCAGGAGGAAGAGCAGAGAAGACGGGAGGAGCGGAGGAAACGGGAGGACCUUCGAAAACGGGAAGAGGUCCAGCGACAAGCCGAAGCCUACGUGAUGAAACUGGAGGAGGAUCAGCGCCAGACGGAAGCAGAGGAGCAGGCGAAGAGGCGGCUGCAGCAACUGGCCGCGGCCGAGCUGAAGAGGAAAGAGGAGGAACGCAGGAGGCACGAAGAGAAGAUACAGAAGGAGAAAGAACGACAGGAGCGACUACGCUUACAGCGGGAAGAGAAGAAGAGGAAAGAAAACCUGAAGAGGAAGGAAAAGAGAGAGAUGCAGAAAAAAAAGGAGGCAGAAGCCAAGCUUAACACUUACCAGAAAGGCUUGCGCCUGCAGGGGCAGGGCAAGCAUGACCAGGCCGUUUGUCUCUUCUUGGAGUUCAUCGGCAAGGAGUAUGAGAACACGGUGAUUUACCGCGAAGUCCAGCGCUGCCUGACGGUUCUGCUGGAAUCACUGGAGCAUUGCCAAGAGAUCCCAGACACAGUCAAGUGUGGGGCCCCGCCCACCUUCUGGAACACCACGGUGCAAGAACUGGCCAACCAGAGCAAGUGGUGGAGCCUGUUCCUGCUGUUGGUCGGAGGGAGCUUCAGCGCCAACCGGAACGGUAAUGGCGUGGCCCACGGCUGCGAUGCAUCUGGGGUGUCCAUUGUGACAUUCUUGGACCAGUGGGAGAGCAUCAAGAUGGCCCCAGGACGUCUGACCAUGGUGAAAGCCUUGUUAGAAAAUAAGGCCAAACCCGACGGCCUGUUGAAUGACCCUGUGACCCCGUUAGUCCACUGUCUGCGGACGGAGAACUACGAGCUGGCCACUCUGCUCCUGACGUAUGGCGCAUCGCCCGCACUCCUAAUCGUUGACCCCGGAGACACUCCACUUCACUCUGCACUCAAGAUUGGCUUUAAACAGGAUGAUCGUAAAUUUGCCGUGCUGGAACUUCUCCUGACGAAAUACUCCGCAGACCCCACCGGCACCACCUACCUGGACAAGAACGCCCGAGACCGGGCGGGGAACACGCUGUUCCACCUGGCCCUCACAGGGGGCUCCAAGAACCAAUCAUUUAACGCCAUCAAGGUCCUGAGCCAGCACAAGGUCAACCCCUGGCUGCGGGACCAUGGAGGCCGGGUACCGCUCAGGAUGGUGACCAACAAAGACCGGCGCUACAUGUUCCUGGCCGAGGCAGCCAAGUACUACGACAGUACCAGUGAACCUGCACAGAGUUCAUCCAGAGAGUCUAACCAGAGUGGUGCUGAUGGCAUCCAUGUUUCUGGCGUCCCAGACGAUUGGUCCAAGGCAGACAGGGGACCGGGACGGGACGGCCACCACCAGCAAGCAACAGCGAGAACAGCCGAGCACGUGCCCCGCAAGGAGAAGCUGCGUCGCGAAGUAGAGCUGCUACUGAGUGCCAUGCCAAUAUAUGUCCCGCAGCAAACAGGACUAGACCAAGCAGGAACCACUGUGACAGCGACACUGUCGAGAAGCGGCCCGCGACAAGUUGAGAACAGGGAAGAGGCCUCAAGGAAAGAAAAAUUGAGACAGGAUGUUGAAGAUGAAGAAGAAAAGAUGGAUGAAGAAGAUGAAGAGGUAGAUGAUGAUGACGACGAUGAUGAAGUAAUGGGGGCCAUUGAUGCAACAAUCUUUGAUGAUUUAACCUGGGAGGUAGAGUGCACUGCAAAGGUCUGGAAGUUCCUGCACGACAAGCUGGUCCUCCACAGCCUGAAGGAGACGGCCAUCCGCAAGAUCCAGAUGCUGGGAAGCGGGGACUGGCGAGUGCGUCUCUGUAAACCCCUCGAGGGCCUGCCCAAGCAACACGACAUGAAGCUGUACGAAGCCCGGCUGACUAAAGGCGGCCGCAUUCUGUGGGAGUUGGCGAUAGCGUUCUCGCCUCGCUGCAGCGAGGAGUCUGAAAAGAGGCUUGACUCGGGAGACGGCGCUUCGGAGCCUACAGCAGUGGCCGGAGGACGAGUGUACUCGGAGAUAAUCCGCAUCUGGGACAUCGUACCGGACCACCCUAAGGUGACGCAUGCAAUCAAGGUGAUCGUCAAAUCGGUGGAGCGAGGAGAAGAAUGCAUCAUCCGCAAGAAACUGAUAGGCAUCAGCAACAAAUCGCCCACGGGAGGCACAGCAGCGCUUCGCCUGCCGACCUACUUCCAGGAGGUCACAGGAAGCUCACCCGAUCGCCGCACCAAGGCCCUAGACGACUCCAAGAAGAUCCCGAGACCCUUCUUCCCCCCGGCGAGCUCCAGGGAGAACGAGUACCACAUCAUGAAGUUCUACUCCGUCAACUCCACGCUGGUCAACGCCAUGCUCAACGACAGCAACGUCAAGGUGGAUUUCCCGUUCCGUGUGACGGAGCUGGAGCACGCCAUCAUCAACCUGCAGCCCAGGCCCCCGUCCUCCAUCCUGCUGCUGGGCAGAAGCGGAACAGGCAAGACCACGUGCUGCCUGUAUCGCAUGUGGACCAAAUUCUUUAAAUAUUGGCAGCAGGUUUCCAUGACUGGCGAGCCCUUGAUUCCGAGAGAUAUUGCCUUCAUUCACCAGGACAAGCUGGAUGAAGAAGAAGAUGGAAGUGACACAGACAGUGACAGCGCCAGCGCAUCCAACAAACCCAGGCAGGCCUACCGCCGUGGCUCAGAUACCCGCCGUGGUUCUUACGACUUGCGGAGUGCUGAGGCCUACUCCUCGGCGUCGGUCAGCAGCCACGGUGACGCUGACGCGGACGAGAACGUUGACGCCCCGACGAUCAUGGACCACCUGCACCAGAUCUUUGUGACCAAGAAUGCUGUGCUUUGCAGCGAGGUCCAGCGCAACUUCUGCGACAUGAGCCACGCUUGUGAGUUUGCCGCCGAGCCCUUGGCCCAGCAGGACACGCCCAUCCCUCACCGGUUCCAGGACGCGCACCAGGCCCGAUUCCCCUUGUUCCUUAGCUCCCGCCAGCUGCUUCUGAUCCUGGACGCCUCCUUGCCCAAUUCUUAUUUCCCUCGCGCGGCUGACGGAUCGAUGAAGCGGAAAAUACGGGGAUGGGACGAAGAGGAUGGACCUUUGACUUUUAUCCCACUGAUGGAUGACGAGGAUGAGGAGGACGAAGACCACACCCCGGCAGCUCUUGGCGAAGACGUGAUGCAAGACGGUGAGGCCAACCCCAACGCACCGCGCGGCCUGGGCGGACAGCACGAGGCUCAGGGAGGCGGGGGACAGGCCGCCAAGUAUGACCCACGACGUGAGGUCACCUAUGAGGUCUUCGCCUACGAGCUGUGGCCUCGCAUCAACAAGAAGAAGCUGCCGUACCACUCUACACUAGUGUGGAUGGAAAUCAGAUCCUUCAUUAAGGGAUCAGUUGAAGCACUCCACACAGAGUCAGGCUGCCUGUCACUGGAGAGCUACUUGGCACUUGGCCAAAAGAGGGCCUCCAACUUCACUGCCGACAGAGAAGAGAUCUACACUCUCUUCAAGACUUACGAGCACAUGAAGAGUCAGAAGAACCUCUUUGAUGAGGGGGAUCUGGUGUUCCACGUCUACCGUCGGCUGCGGGACAUCAAGACACUGGAGUGGGUCCUUCACGAGAUCUACGUGGACGAGACACAGGACUUCACUCAGGCCGAGCUAUCACUCUUCAUUCGCUGCUCACAUGAUCCAAACUCGCUCUUUCUGACUGGAGACACUGCACAGAGCAUCAUGCGUGGUGUUGCGUUCCGCUUUGACGACCUGAAGUCCCUCUUCCACUAUGCCAGCAAGUCCGUCAAGGCCCUUGGCAAGCACUCAGCUGUAGCUGUACCCAAGAGAGUCUACCAACUCACGCACAACUACCGAUCACAUGCCGGGAUUCUGAACCUAGCCUCCACUAUCGUGGAUCUGAUGACCCAUUUCUUCCCCAACUCCUUUGAUCGUCUGGAGCGUGACCAGGGCUUGUUCCACGGCCCCUCCCCAGUGCUGCUGGAGUCCUGCAGCUUCAGCGACCUGGCUUUGCUGCUGUGCGGCAACAAGAGGAAGACGUCUGAGAUAGAGUUUGGAGCUCACCAGGUCAUCUUGGUUGCCAAUGAAGAGGCUAUUGAGAAGCUGCCGGCUGAGCUUCGUCUUGGCCUAGUCAUGACCAUCUACGAGGCCAAGGGUCUGGAGUUUGAUGACGUCCUGCUCUACAACUUCUUCAAGGAUUCCCCGGCCGACAAGGAGUGGCGAGUGAUCACCGAAUACCUGAACGAGUUGAUCGCUGAACAGCGCAACAGGUCCGAGGACCAACAAGAAGGAUUGAAGGAAAUAGAUGUGGAGACCUUGACUGGGACAGUCCGGCCACGGCCUCUGAAAUUCAACCCGGACGAACACAAGGUGCUGAACUCAGAGCUGAAGUAUCUCUACACGGCAAUCACGAGAGCCAGGGUGAACGUUUGGAUCUUUGACGAGGAUACGACCAAACGAGCACCGAUGUUUGAGCUGUUCCGUUGCCUGAAACUCGUCAAAGGCAUCGGUCCGGAAACCACCCCAGAAGCAGAGGGCCCUGAUUUGGAUGCCAUGUUUGUGGAGAAGUCCAGCCAAUGGGAGUGGAUCCAGCGAGGUCAUUACUUCUUCGAGAACAAGCUGUGGAUGGUGGCUGCCAAGUGCUACCAACGUGGUGGAGAUGAGAAGCGAGAGUUGCAGGCCAGGGCGCACCACCAGGCUGUGGAAGCGGACCGCAUGAGAGACCAGCUACCAGCCAUGAGGGAGAGGUUCCUGCAAGCAGCCGGCCUGUUCCUGCAGUGCGAUAGCAGCCAGAUGGCCGUCAACUGCCUCUACAAUGCCAGGGAGUUUGGCCUGCUGGCUCAGCUUCUGGAGAAGCGGGGAGAGUUCUCAAAAGCGGCCAAGAUCUACGAGAAGCGACUGAAUCGUAUUAGCGAUGCCUGCCGCUGCCUGGAGCUGAUGGGGGAUUACGCUAAGGCCUUAGACCUCCUGUGCAGUGUGGGUCUGCACACCAAGGCCCUGGACCUCAUCGAUCGCUUCAACCGGUUCAAGCAGGAGCAGAAGACGAAGGGGAUGCCCUUACCAAGACAUGUCAGACCGCCGGGGGCCACCCACACCCUGAAUGAGUUGAUCUACAAGUCAGCAGAGUACCACUACAAGCAGGGAGACCAUGGGCAAAUGCUGGACGCCUUGGAGCAAUUGGGCCAGUUUGAAGCCAGAGUGGACUUCCUGCGUAAGAGGGAGCUGUUUACUGAGGCUGUGACAAUGCUGAAGGGCGGUAGACAUCUUCUGGAAGCAGCCAAAAUACUCAGAGAACAGGGUAAGCUGGAGGAAGCCUGCACCAUCCUAGAAUCAUCAAGUCAUCCUGAGUUUGUAGCAGAGUGUCGACUGAGUCAGGCAAGGAAGCUCCUACUACAGCCAGACAGUGAGGCCAACCAGGCUUCUGCCGUCUCACUUCUCACCAAGGCAGAGAGCCUGUUCAGCAGAUGCAGUGACUCUGUCAUGAAAGCCGAGACGCUGCUUCUCCUUGGACAAGUGCAGAGGGAUGCCGCCAAGAUCCGCGAAGCCAAUCUCUCCUUCAACAGAAUGGCCCACACUGCUGGGGAAUCGGAAUGCACUGAUCACCUGAUCAAGCUCUCGCUACCCAAUGCUGAUAAUAUCAAGAGUAGGGUCUUCCAUCAGCUGGAGAAACUCGUGGAGCUGAUCUGUGCUCUAUUUGAGAGCACUAAUCCUGGAGAAGAGCGGCAGAGACGAUCCUGCGAAGUCUUCUUUGGUUUGCGUCCAGGGGAAGCUGGUCAGCUCCACAUCCAGAGGUGCGAAGGAGCCAGAAUCUUGUCUGCCCUGGAUAAGAAGGUGUCGCUAUUGAGUGAGGUUGAGGCUGUGAAGGCACGAGAAGCCAUCGCCAAGUAUUGCCUGAUUCCAAGAGCCCUGGGGUGGGUGAAGGGGAUACGUGAGCUGCUUCGUGGGGAAAUAAAGAAGCUGACUCAGUGCGUUGAUUAUCAGAUUGGGAUGCCAUGCUCGAAGGGACUCGAAACCUGUCAACAGCUUCAUUCGCCAUACUCGUUUCACCACGUACUGAAUCGGGUGAACUACCUUGUCCUGCUGAUCGAGAUUGACGACAUUAUCGGGAAGGCCUCCCGAUUGUCCAGCUUCAAGGCUGCAGACAAGCUUACCAUGGAGAUUAAACGGAGUCAUGUCAAGAGCGCCAAGAAGUGCAAGGCAUUGUAUAACAUUUUCUUCCCCGAGCACUGCCACCAACGCUUCAUUGGCGAAUCAGUCCAAACAACGCAAAAGCUACUCAGACUUGUACAGCAUCCCUCCGUCAGAAGACAGCUGAAGGCCUUUGCUGAAAAUGAGCGCAAGAAGGUUGACCGUAAGCAUCAGAGGGCAGACACAGAUUUAUACCUGAUGUGUCAUGGUAUUUACCUACUAAUUGGUGAGCCACCAACAGUCAUGAAACACUUGGUUACCCUAGAAGAAGACGACUGCUUAAAGUGGCAAAAGAGAGAAGGAUGGAACCAUCCUAAUCCAUUAGGAAUGCACCCGCUGCGUUCUAAUGAUCCACGGAAGGGCUUCCUGAGCUACAAGCGCCGCCAUUUGGACUCCUUUGAGGAUCUGUACACAAAGCGUGACGCAAUGCAGUCCCUCAUUUCGUUCAAUCGCUUCAUGGGCACUCUGGUUAACAAGCCGGUGGAUCCUCUUCUGCCAUCCAUUAGUAACACAGUGGCAAUGAUAGAGGCGAAUAUCACCAUGAUGUUAACUCUUGGAGCAAGGACACAGCCGUGUGUUGUUGCCAUACCGGCGAGCUACCUCGCCCAGGCUGCCUUCCUUGAUGCUAUAUGUGCUCCAGGAAAGGGACAUGCAAUGUAUACUGCUGUGAAUGUCACAUCGACUAAUAAGCACACCUUUGGCCAGACUUGCCGUCUAGCUCGUCUCAUUUCUGGGACAACUACAUUAGACAGGGAGUUUAAUGUCUUGGUAGAUGCCUUCUCCAGCGUUGAGUACAUACAAACUGGAGAGGCUGAACGCACUCUGGUUCUGGUGCUUGUGAUGCUGUGUAAUGCUGGGAUGGCUCUACCUGUACAGAUCAUCAAAGACACACGUAAAGCACUGCAGUCCAUAGCUCCUUCUGAAGACCAUCUGCCGAAGAGAGUCUACACUGCUCUCGGCAGAAUCAGGGAAGCCCAGUGUCGUCAUGAUGCCCUCAGUAUUCUGCAGGAGCUCCUGAAGGCUCGUGGCGACGAGUACCUCAGAGAAUGCAGAUGGAGUCCGCGCAUGCCUCCCCGAGGAUCGCCUGGAUUGGAAUUCCGCAACUUGAACCUCAAGACCUUCAGCAAUGUACAGUUUGAGGCACUUCCGGCUGUAUCCCCGACUGUCUUCACUGAACUGAUGGAAGGCAACAGCCGUCAGAGAGGGAGAGACUUGGACGAGGAGGAAGAUGAAAGUGCUGGCUGGGAAAGGGGAGUGGAAUUCCUCGACGAUCCUGAAGUUGAAGGUGACCUUGACGUGUCUGAAGAAGAGGCUGCCAAGGCCCAGAGGGAACAGGAAACCCUGCAGAGAGAGCAGGCUACAAGGGUCAUCAUGGGAUUCUUGAAAUACAAGAGGCUUCUUCGCUUAGCCAGCCUCUUGAGAUCAUGCGGCUACACUACCAUCAGCGUCAGACAGGAGGUCCAGUCCAAAGUAGAGACAACAGCCACCACCUGGGUGUCCCAGCAGCUCUUGGAGUUCCUGCACACUCCCAUACGAUGCACCAUUUGCAAUGUCAGUCUGAGAGGGGUCGAUGAGACGAGACUUGAGCCGGAGGAACUGACUGAAGAAGGCCAUGACAAAGAUGAAGCAGGUGAAGAGGCCUCAAUGCAAUCAGAUCUGGGGCCCAUGUCUGAAGCAGACGGCAGGGAUGAUCUACCGACCCAGGAGGAGCACGAAGCGACAGCUCUCCAUCAGCAAAGACAUCAAGAUUUCAUUCAAUAUGGAAAAAUGCUCCAUGAUGAGGUGUAUCCAUUAGUGACAGAGGUUGAAAAAUUACUUCAGGAGCUUCGUUUCCCAACCCUAGCAGCAGGAAACGCUGGAUACUCAGAUGAAUUUAAAUACUUUGAAGAGACUUUGUCUAGACGAAGGCAGGACCUCACUGACAAGAUGGCGGAGAUCCAAAGGCAACGGGCCUUUGAGAAGCUUGCCGAGGUCCGGCACACUGCAGAGCAGCUCACAAAGCAAUACCAAAGGAGCAAGAAAAAGCUUGAGCAAACGAGAGCAGCAGCGCAACAGGACAAGACUGCUGAAGAAGAUAUUAAGGAGGCAGACGCCAUACCCUUUGAGGAAGAAGAAGAAGCAGACGAAGAUAAAAUCCUGCCUGUCGCCGAGCAGCCAGACAAGCGAAAAGGGGGAAGGAACAAGGGGAGGGGCCAGAAGAAAAAGGGGAAAUGGAGUGGGCGAAUGAGCAGAAGGCGAUAAGUGAAUGGAACAGGAAACCAGAACGUCAUCCUUCUUUCUUUUGGGCUGCGCGCUCCUUGCUUAAAACCCCCUGGUGUAAACAGUGUAAAGACAGGCUGUAAAAAUUGACUGUCCGUAGAGUUAGCAGAUUCUGCAGAAUAUAAAGUACUUUCCCUUUGAUAGUCUCAUUUGCGUUCGAUUUCAACAAAAACAGGAACAGUUGGUUAGUCAGUUUGGAACGUAAAGUAGCUAAUGUUCUCCACCUAUGACCGAGGUUGAAGGAGCGAAUCUUGGUCGGAGAGUAUGUAGAGUUGCUGGUCUUUUGAAACCAAAGAUUUCGGCAGAAUUCUGUAUUCUGCAGACAGACCUGCAAACUUUGUUUCAAAGCUCGCCCUAAAUAUGUCACUUUGCUGGCCAAAAGUCUUAACUUCUAAACUAAACUUCUUGACUUAGUCAGAAGUCCCCGGAAUUAAUAUGCAUGUAUUAUACACGUGGUCACAAUUAAAGGCUUUCGUGACCUAGCAAGAAUCAUUCAGAAUAGAUAUAGCAUCCACUGAUGGGCAGCAUUUUCACAGCCCCCCCCCCCUGUUUUUUUAAACAACUCAUGAAAUUCUGAACACUCUUUGAAAGUCUGAUCACAUAGUCGUGAAUUUCUAUACGCCCGAGGACAAUGCUUUGUGUUUCCCUUUGUCCCUGUAGUAUAACGCUCUUCCAUAGACUAAGCACAUAACCGUACGAUCGAGGACCGUUUUCAACAAAAGACCCAAUGCUCGAGGACAGAAUGGAACUUUUUGUUCUCCCUUUGUGUGUCUGUCACUCUAUCAUAAAGCCAUACGUGUACACACGGUUCAGGUAUUGAGAUGUCAAUAAAGACAACAGCACCUCUUCGUUCGAUGUAUUAUUUUCACAUUAAAAACUUCUCUACAAAACUUGCUUAAUUUUGGAAAUUUCACUUGACAUCUACUUUAAGCAUUAUACUUUACAAUAGUGGGAUUAUACUUCCAUCUUGAUUCUCGUCAAUUAGCUUGAAACACAUUCCUUGUGAUUUAACUGGAAUCA